AUGUCAUCGAGUGGACUGUUUAUCAACAUUGCCUUCACUUAUCCUGCUUACAUCGUUGAUAAUGCCGAUGUUGCAAUGUUGGGACAAAUUGUGUUGUCUUCCUAUCAAUUCUUCCAUCUUUUAAACAUCAUUAACAUCACAAAAUUGGAUGACAUCGAGUUGCAUUGUGAUAACAACUCAUUCCUGUUUACAAGAUCACCGACCCAUUUCAUUACAUGCAACGCACUGCAAAUAUAUUUAAAAGAUGGCUGCCAUGGUUGUUCCUAUCCACGCUUUAUUCAGAAUGUGACAUGGAAAGACACUACUAAAGGUCGUGUGGUGUAUGGAGAUACCAAGAUGACUGGCUGGGCUUUUGUCGCCUUUAACCAGAUGAUCGCGGACUGGGAGUGCUACAUGAAGGACGAACAUUUCAUUGUGUCAAGGUCAACUACAACAAUUAAAGUGUUUGGAGCUGAAGUUCAUGCAUAUCUUUGCCAGAAGCUGAGUCGAAUUGAUGAAAAUGCUAUUUACUAUUACGCAAUGACAGAUAAAGAAGAGAAUGCUGAAAGAGAGAGAGUACAUGUAACUGCGGCCCUGAUACAAGAUGUCUGCACUGUCUGUAAUCCGAAGUCUUCUCCAGCAGACGAGGAGUUCCGAGUUCUUGUCAGAGAUGGUACUGAAGUUGACCCGUCAUUAUUAGAGGCGCCAGUUGUUGGAUGUAAUCCGUGUGUUCUUCAGUGUGAUAUACCAGGCUCUCCACCUGUACCUACCACCACAACAAUUAAACCUACAGGAAAAAUGGUUUUCAAAAUCAAAAAUAAAAAGCCAUCCGUAAAACCUACUGAUAAGAACUCAAUACAGAAGAAAUCUAAUGCUGGACUUGUCGUUGGAAUUGUUAUUGCGCUGUUAGUCCUUGUGUCUAUGGGUGUAGGAGCUGCGGUCUGGUACUUCCGAUUUAGAAAAUAA